AUGGCAUUGGAAAUAUCCCGUGUCUCUUUUGAGAAUCAUCGUUCCGCCCUCGGCAUUGCAGAGGCGCAGCCGCGUGUUUCAUGGAGAUUUGGAGGCGUUGCUUCUGACUGGGAGCAAAGCGCAUAUGACAUUGAAAUCAACCGCUACGGGAAGUCGGAAGUCUACAGCGCUGUCUCCGCUCAGUCUCUUUAUGUGCCUUGGCCUGGCCCUCCCCUUGACGAAACCGAACCCGCUUCAGUCCGCGUCCGCGCGUAUGGAAAUGAAACUCCUACUCCCUGGUCUGACUGGGUUUGUGUCGAAACAGGCAUCUCCAAUAAGACCUGGUCUCGCGCUAAGCCCAUUACCUCAACCCACGAGUAUGACAAAGACAAGCCCAAAGUACCACUGUAUUUUCGAAAGGAUUUUGAUCUCUCAGACGAUCUUAUCUCGGCAAGGCUUUACAUCACCGCCUUGGGAAUUUACGAGGCAGAGAUCAACGGGGAACGCGUCGGGGAUCAUGUUCUCGCUCCCGGUUGGCAAUCCUACCAUCACCGCCAUGUCUAUGACACAUACAAUGUGACGGAGCUACUACACCCUGGUCACAAUGCCAUUGGCGCUCUUGUUGGCGAGGGUUGGUACGCAGGACGACUAGGAUUUAAUGGAGGCAAACGCAAUAUCUAUGGCGAUGUUAUCGGACCUUUGGCAUUGCUCAAAGUCACCUUGAAGAACGGCACCACACAAUGGGUUCCAACCGACGACACUUGGAAGUCGACUACCGGGCCUCUUGUUUCGGCGGAAAUAUACGAUGGUGAGGAGUACGACGGUCGUUUAGCCUCAGCCUUGAAAGGUUGGUCCACGGCCAGUUUUGACUCUGACGGGUGGGAAGGAACUCGAGAGCUCCCGCCUUUGAAAGGAAAACUCACCGCCCCCGAUCAGCCACCAGUCCGUGUCAUCCAGACCAUCAAACCAAAGAGUUUCUUCAAGUCGGCCUCGGGAAAAACGCUUGUUGACUUUGGCCAAAACCUGGUCGGGCAUCUGCGCGUCAACGUGACGGGCCCCAGGGAUACCAACAUCACGUUUCACCACGCAGAGGUGCUUGAGAACGACGAACUGGCUCUCAGACCCCUACGACAGGCUGCAGCCCGCGAUGUGCUUAUCCUUAGCGGCGAUGGUCCGAUUAAGUGGGAGCCUAAAUUCACAUUCCACGGUUUCCGUUACGCCCAAGUCGACGGUUGGCCCGAGGAGACACCCCUUGACGAAAACUCGAUCGUCGCCGUGGUUGUUCACACGGAUCUGGAAGAAACAGGCUUUUUCGAGUGUUCCAACCCCCUCUUGAAUCAGUUCCAUUCUAAUGUCCGUUGGUCAAUGAAGGGAAAUUUCCUAUCGAUUCCAACCGACUGCCCUCAACGGGAUGAACGGCUCGGAUGGACGGGAGAUGCCCAUGCUUUUGGCCCGACUGCCAACUAUCUCUUUGAUACAGCGGGUUUCUGGAAGGGCUGGCACAAAGACAUUUGGUCUGAAAUGAAGGGAAACCGGAUGACACCUCCCGUCUAUGUGCCUUCCGUCCCCAUCGAUUUUGGAGGCUACUUACCAACCGCAAUCUGGGGAGAUGUGGUCGUGGGGAAUCCUUGGAACACCUUCACAGCCUUCGGGGAUGAGGCUUUACUGGCGGAAAACCUGCCACAGGCACAGGCGUGGAUCGAUGUUGGCAUUCCUCGCAACCAAGACGGCCUUUGGGACCCAAAGCCGUUCCAGUUUGGAGACUGGCUGGACCCGCUGUCACCAGCAGACAAUCCCGGGAAUGCUACUACUCACAGUGGACUUGUGGCCGAUGCGUAUUUGGUCAAGAUGACGGAAAUCAUGUCCCACAUCUCCCAUGCUUUGGGAAAACGGGACUUGGCCAAGAACUAUACUCGUCGACAUGGGUAUCUCAGGGAGGCAUUCGAAGCCACUUGGGUACCAAAUGGUGAUCUCGCGAACCGAACGCAGACUGCUUAUACCUUGGCACUUGAUUUCGGCCUCCUCAAAGACAAGAAAGUGCGUACCAAUGCCGCCCAGUCACUCAUCCGAAAGAUCAAAGACAACAACUAUCUCGUGGGCACUGGCUUUGCCGCCACAGCUAGGCUCGGGUUUGCACUCAAGAGUAUUGACUCGAUUCCCGAAUUUUAUCGGAUGCUCCUACAGGAAAAGGUCCCUUCCUGGCUGUAUCAGGUGGUUCAAGGCGGCACGACCACGUGGGAGCGAUGGGAUAGCCUCCUAGCCAACGGCAGUGUGAACUCAGGGACGAUGACGAGCUUCAACCAUUACGCGUUUGGCUCUGUUGCUGAUUGGAUACAUCAAGUGGUGGGAGGUAUUGCCCCAGCUGAGCCGGGCUACAAGAAGAUUAUUAUCGCUCCAGUACCUGGCGGCGGUAUUGAUAAGGCGAAGGCCAGGCUGAUUUCUCCAUAUGGAGAGAUCGUUACGGAUUGGAGGGUCAAGAAUGGUCAUUUUGAUUUGAAGGUCAUCGUUCCACCAAAUACGCAGGCUGAGAUAGUCCUCCCUGGCGUGGAAAAAAACUCAAGGGUUGUUGGCUCAGGGUAUCACAAGUUUCGUGUUGAGAACUUCAUCCUGCCGCAGUAA